GUAAACUUCCUCGUUUGACAGUUUUAUAAGCAACAUUCUCUAUUAGUAGUCCGUAAUUCUGGUCAUGAAUGGAGAAUUACGAUAAUCCUAUUUCGUUUGACGUUAUGGAAAGAGGUGAUAUUCUUCGAGAUGCCGUGCUGGACGGGGAUAUAGCAGAAGUAACCGCAGCAAUUGAAACGGGCACCUGUCGUCCUGAAGAACCAGACGCAAAUGGCCGAACAGUGUUACAUUUGGCAGCAUGCCGAGGUCACACUGCGAUUCUGCGAUUGUUGAUAAAUAGUGGAUGUGAUAUAAAUGCCGAGGAUCGGCAAGGAAACACGCCUCUUCAUUGGUGCGGUCACAUUGAUACCCUGGAAACCCUGGUGGAGAUGGGAGCUAAUGUUAACGCACGAAACAAGAUGGGUUUCACCCCAAAAUUAUUGGCACAGAGACGAGGAGUCCCCAAGUGUACUCUUGAACUGUUCGAACACUUUGAAAAGGAGAAUGCGUCACAGGCUUCCCACACAAACACCACAACAAGCUAUGUUAAUCCACCCAGACCCUCAGUAAUACCAAGUGUUUGGUAUGAAUUCUACUGUGAAAUGGGCACCCAAAACACCUGUCUUCUUGUCUUAGGCCUUCUUGGGUUUUCACUUUACCUGGCCUACAUCCUGACCGGCCUGCAUCGAGGGUAUGAAGAGAAGAUCCCACUGGAUGAAACCAGCUAUAAGAUACAUCUGUAAAUAAACUGACCCCUCUUGACAUGCAGGAAACAAGUAUCUAUAGUGAUUAAUGUCUUGUUCAGAAUGGUCUCCUGUGCAUGUUCAUCAACAUUCAUCAACAUUCAGUUUUGCUUUGGAGCCCUGCCUCCAUUGAAGAUUGUUGAAAUGCCUGUAAUAGAAGUGAUGUGUGGUAUAAUCUGAGAAUAUGAACAGUGUCAUUUUGUUG